AUGGGUGGCGUUUCCAGUAGAUCACAACCAGAAAACACAAAAAGUGUAACUGCUGCUUCUAUCACCGAAAACGUACCUUUGAAUUACCAUACAGUAACAAUUUGUGAUAGUCUUCCGAAAGUCAACAAGGAUUAUAACACGUACGAGACUCGUAAGGAUCUUCCAGAUGCCAACUACUGGAUACAUAAAGUCAACAAUGAAGCCACUCCAACACGUUACAAAGUACAGCAUAUUAUCGCCAACGGGCCACGUGAUUGGAAUGAUUUUCUCGACCAGAUGCGUGAAGAAGUAAGCAAACAUGUUAAAAAUGAGGCUGUUGAAUUGCUUACUUCAAACUUUUCGACUACAACUAAGAUAGAAUCAUUACUUUCUUGUGUAGCCAUUAUGGAUACAUUCAAACAAUAUUUUGAAUAUAGAUGCAUAGUAACUAAGUGUGGCAUUCGUAAUGUUCACUUUGUUGGUACUCUUGAUGAUUGGAAAUUAUUACGUCAGAAGACUGAGCAAUUGCAAAUGUUUAGUACUUCUACAAAGGAUAGUUUCCGUAGUUAUAUCAGAGGUUUAUUACCUAUUAUCGAUCAAUUCAUUCAGACUUAUCAAGGUCAAGUCGAUAAUAAAUUCUGGAAUAAAGUCAUGGACAUAAAGCAUUGGGGUGGAGGAGGCUCUGGAAGUCCGAGAGGAACAGAUGUCAGUGGAUGGUUUCUUCGUCUUUGCUAUGGAGUGCAUGAAGAGAAAAAGUGUGAUAUUCAACGUAUUCAACUCAAUUCACUUGUCGUGCCGGUACUAGUAGAGAAUCAGUCGACGAAUCAAUCAAAGACUUGUUACGUGGCUGGUGGUUUUCAUGGCAUCAACUCACACAAUAAUCGACAUAAACCAGUGAUGAGUCUUGCUGUUAUGGAUGAUACAACUACGAUCAAACCACUCUCUGCUGAAUAA